UCCUCCGAGCCUUUCAAAGAGCAUUGUUCUUCGGAUUCUAUAUCAUAUACUAGGAUCCCUUUGAGGGGAAACCGCUUUCGGAGUACUUUAAUUCACAUGCCAUGGCGCUACAUUGAUGUACCAGAGAGACCCGGCAUUCAUUAUAUCCGCUCUCCCCGGACCCCGCAUUCACUAUAUCCGCUCUCCCGGACCCCGCAUUCACUAUAUCUGCUCUCCCCGGACCCCGCAUUCACUAUAUCCGCUCUCCCCGGACCCCGCAUUCACUAUAUCCGCUCUCCCCGGACCCCGCAUUCACUAUAUCCGCUCUCCCCGGACCCCGCAUUCACUAUAUCUGCUCUCCCCGGACCCCGCAUUCACUAUAUCCGCUCUCCCCGGACCCCGCAUUCACUAUAUCCGCUCUCCCCGGACCCCGCAUUCACUAUAUCCUCUCUCCCCGGAUCCCGCAUUCACUAUAUCCGCUCUCUCCGGACCCCGCAUUCACUAUAUCCGCUCUCCCCGGACCCCGCAUUCACUAUAUCCGCUCUC